UUUUCCUUUGUUUUCCUUCAGGUAUAAGGAAAUGCUAGAUCUAGUGAUAUCACCCAGCCUGACUGUAAAUAGAGAGUGCCCCGACAGACUGAAGCUUAACCUUUCUAACAUUUAUGCCACGGCUCCAGAUGACAUAGAAGGCAACAGUGAAGCAAUACCACAGUGUCCUCUCCAUCUGUACUCCACAAAACAUUAUCCCCAUAUAGUGACAGUCCCAACUUUCCCAGCAAUGGCGGCAUACGGACAGACCCAAUAUAGUGCAGGAAUCCAGCAAGCUGCUGCUUAUACUGCAUAUCCUCCUCCAGGACAACCUUAUGGAAUACCCUCCUACAGCAUUAAAACAGAAGAUAGUCUGAGCCAUUCUCCAGGACAGAGUGGGUUCCUUAGCUACGGAUCCAGCUUCAGCACAGCAACACCGGGACAAGCACCGUACACCUACCAGAUGCAUGGCACAUCAGGGAUUUACCAAGGAGCCAAUGGCCUUGCUAAUUCUGCAGGAUUCAGCACUGUGCAUCAGGAAUACUCAUCCUAUCCGAGCUUUCCUCAAAGCCAGUACUCACAGUACUACAGCUCUUCUUACAACUCUCCAUAUGUAUCGGCAAACAGUAUCAGUCCAACAGCUAUCCCAACAUCCACUUACUCUCUGCAAGAAUCUUCACACAACAUCACCAGUCAGAGCACAGAACCACUGUCUGGGGAAUAUGCAGCAACACCCGUAAAAGAUAUAGAAGCAGACAGGCAGCACCGAGCAUCUGACGGAAAGGUACGAGGCCGAUCAAAAAGAAGCAAUGAUCCUUCCCCCACUGCUGACAGUGAGAUUGAGCGUGUGUUUGUGUGGGAUUUGGACGAGACGAUAAUUAUUUUUCACUCCUUGCUCACAGGAACCUUCGCAUCCAGAUAUGGGAAGGACACCACCACCUCUGUGCGGAUAGGUCUUAUGAUGGAAGAAAUGAUCUUCAACCUUGCAGAUACGCAUUUGUUCUUUAAUGACCUGGAGGACUGUGACCAGAUACACAUAGAUGAUGUAUCAUCAGAUGACAACGGUCAAGACUUAAGCACAUAUAACUUCUCAGCAGAUGGCUUUCACAGUUCAACUGCUGGUGCAAAUUUAUGUCUGGGCUCUGGUGUUCAUGGGGGAGUUGACUGGAUGAGGAAAUUAGCAUUUCGCUACCGAAGGGUGAAAGAGAUGUACAACACCUACAAAAACAAUGUUGGAGGUUUAAUAGGCACUCCUAAGAGGGAAACCUGGCUGCAGUUAAGAGCAGAGCUGGAAGCGCUGACUGAUCUUUGGCUCACACACGCUCUGAAGGCUCUGAAUUUGAUACAUUCCCGGCCUAAUUGUGUAAAUGUGUUGGUCACCACAACCCAGCUCAUACCAGCUCUUGCUAAAGUACUCCUGUAUGGACUAGGCACAGUCUUCCCUAUUGAAAACAUUUAUAGUGCAACAAAGACAGGGAAAGAGAGCUGUUUUGAAAGGAUAAUGCAGAGGUUUGGAAGGAAAGCUGUGUACAUUGUAAUAGGAGAUGGUGUUGAAGAGGAACAGGGAGCAAAAAAGCACAACAUGCCAUUCUGGAGAAUUUCUUGCCAUGCUGACCUAGAGGCUCUUAGGCAUGCCCUGGAAUUGGAGUACUUGUAGCAGACCCAAAUGUCUCGGUGCUGGGCUCACAUCACUCAAACUGUUACAUCACCUCAGCCUAUUCUUCAGCAUUUUUCUCAAACAGAGCUCACAGCAACUUGAAGGGGAACCCUCUGUAUAGAACCCUUUAAGAAUCUACAACAGGAAAUCUGCCCAUCAAGUCCUCCUUCCUUUGGAAAGAGGAGAAAAUUUCACAUAACCAAGCGGGGAUCCUGCGAUUAUCUGGUUAAACUGGAUGCGUAGAGCUGAAACUGGACUCUGCCUGCUUUCUCACCACGUGAAUGACUCUGAAGCACACAAAAGACUAAGAGUACUGGGUCUACUUAUCAGUUUUCUUGCUUUGAAAAGGGGAAAGGACACAGCAUGGAAUCUCUGGGCAUGCUCACUGCACAGUGCAUCACAUCAUGUGGGACUUUCUGAAAAUAAGAGUGAAAGUUGAUUUUUUGUAUUUUUUUUAAUUUAUGAACUUAUCUCAUUACUCUGGUAUUAAGCUCUGUACCUGUGUUUUUAUCUUUUUUUUUUUUUUUUUAUUUGGGGAUGGGGGCGGUCCUACCAUUCUAAUUUAAUAGUUCUUUUCUCCACGAUAAACUCUGGGGACAAUCAUAUUGUGUACAUUAGUAAUGAGGACACUUGGGGCUGUUGGUAAAAACUAUAGCUAUGUGUUUUUUUUAAACCUUCUAUAGAUGGUAUGUGGACUGUGCAUGUGUCUACACGGUGCCUUAUGCUGCCAUCUUAUUUUUUGGCAGGUGGGGACAGGGAAAAUACCUUGUGAUGAAUGAAAGGCAUUAAAUAAAACUACGUUUACAUUUGGGA